GACGUAGUGCACGAUUAAACGCAGGAGUUGCAAUUUUUCGUUGUCUUAACCAGCGCUUUAAAAUGAAGAUACAGAUUAAACGGAUAGAAAUGAUUUUAAAACAAGAUCAUUCAAAAUUUAAUGAAAAUAUUGUUACAUCUCCAUUCGACAUUGCCAUCCCUUUUCCAAAGAAAAUGUUUGUUGGAUUAUUUUCAGGUAAUUCACCUUUUGGAAGAGAUAAUGCUUAA